AGAUGAACUAGACCCAUGGCCAGGAUUACUUUGGCCUGUAUGCACAGGUGUCUCUGGUUAGCUUUAGAGCUUUUGGAUUUUUUGUCCUCUCAAUGAUAUAAUUGUUCUAAUCUGCUAAAAAAGAAGACAAUCUGAAAAAACCAGGAACACAGAACACCACUCUUCUUUUUCUCUACCCUUGUCUCAUCUCAGAUAGUUGACUUCCGUAACGUUUAUUUUCAACAGCCUCUUUCAGCUUCCUGCCUCUGCUGUGUUUCCACCUCUGGAUGGGGCAGAAGUUGAGCUGUGGCAUCUGACAGAGGGCAGCUUUAACGUGGGAUUUAUCCUGAAUAAAAUACUUGCAGAAGAAAAAGAAACGUCAUUUGACUCACUGAAGAUUUAAAACCAACAAAGUCAUGUGGGAGAAAACAAAAUUUUAGUCUCAAGUGAUGGAAUCAAGUCAUAAGAAGUAAAGAGAUUUGGAUGGUUUCUUACUAAAUGGAAGUUAUAUAGAAGGCCUCUAAGACCACUGCAUCUCUCCAUCCCACGCCUGCUGCACAGAGACUGCACUCUUGGCCUUGGACGCUGAUAAAAUGCUGGAUUCAGUCAAGUGUGUUCUGGUGGGAGACUCUGCUGUUGGGAAAACAUCUCUCUUGGUACGUUUCACCUCUGAGACUUUUCCAGAUGACUACAGACCCACCGUAUAUGAAAAUACUGGAGUGGAUGUCUUCAUGGACGGUGUACAGAUCAGCUUAGGUCUUUGGGACACAUCUGGCAGUGAUGCAUUUAAAGGCAUUCGCCCCCUCUCCUACCAACAGGCAGAUGUGGUAUUAAUGUGCUACUCGGUGGCAAACCACAAUUCCUUUCUGAACCUGAGGAACAAAUGGAUCAGUGAGAUCCGCAGCCAUUUGCCCCGCAUCCCCGUUUUGGUGGUGGCCACUCAGACUGACCAGCGUGAUGUGGGUCCUUACAGCUCCUCCUGCAUCAGCCCUAUAGAUGGAAAGCGGCUCGCCCAGGAAGUGCGAGCCAAAGGCUAUUUGGAGUGCUCUGCCCUCAGCAACAGGGGAGUGCAGCAGGUGUUUGAGUAUGCUGUGAGGACAGCGGUCAAUCAAGCCAAAAGACAGAACAGGCGGAAGCUCUUCUCCAUUAACGAGUGCAAGAUCUUUUGAGGACUGUCAGCAGUGGUUUUGCUCACAUUUGUUCUUUCUGUUUUCUCACAAAGAUACUGCAGCAGAGAGAAUGGGAAGUGAAUCAAGGGAGGGCUCCUGGCAGGACGACAGUGCAGGUGCCUCUUUUGAGACAAAUGUGCUCUUUAUCUGAUCCUCUACUCUACAAAACACGAGAGCGCUAUCUUGAAAAAUUAAAGGUGCAUACCCUUAUUCACAAGCCUGUGUUUGGACUUUGCUAGCCUGAACUGGAGCAGACCUAGCCUGCAGAUCUGCAGAUAAUAGCAGUACUGAUUUUGAUUUUGUUUCUGUCAAUGUUCCUCAGUUGUUGGUUUGUGUGCAUCUUCAUUUAUUUAAUGAUGAACUUCUGCCUGGAUCAGCCCCCCACCUCUGUCCUUGUGGAUAUUUUUUUUUACUUAAGAAU